UCGGGAAGGGGAAGUGUCUGACUGCGGAGCUGCCACUUGGCCUCCAUGGCAGCCGCGGGGGACGCCGGGCGCAAAGGGGAGCCUGAAGCCUGAAGCCUGAGCUCCUCGCUGAACCGCUCCCCUCCCCUCCCCGUCCGCCGAGACCAGGGGCCAGCAGGGGAAGGCGAAGGCGCUGCCGGCGUCUCCCUGGGGCUGGUAGGAAGGGCCAGGCUCCCUCCAGGGAGCUGCUGACUGGCCCUGUGUUUCGGGGCGAGCGGCCUUUCUGUUGCACCUGGGGCUGGUAUAAUCUGUGAGCGGGGUGGGCCCUUCUCUCACCCGUGCGGAAAGGUGUCCCCUGCCCCCAGGCUGUGGGAGAGAAAGGGUCUUUCCGCUUCCCCGGGGGUGGCUUAAUCCCCUGUGGCCCUUGACAGGGGAGGUGGCGAGAGGGAGUGAAUCGUGGUAUCCCAGUUGCUGUUGACAGAUCCAGGGAUCAGGGUCAGGAAAGCGGGGUGUCUCUCUCUCACGUAGCUCUUGGGGGAGGGAGGGAGUUUGUGGCACCACUGGGGAAAAGGCGCCUCUGACCUUCAUGAUUCUGCUGGAGCCGCAACACCUGCACAAGUUGAAAAACUACAUGCAGUAAAAGCUAGAAAAGUUAAAUUUCACUUUAAGAGAGUGGACAAAAAGCAACAACAUGGAUGAUUUCAUCUCCAUCAGUCUGCUGUCUCUGGCUAUGCUGGUUGGCUGUUAUGUGGCGGGGAUUAUCCCCUUGGCAGUUAAUUUUUCAGAGGAAAGGUUAAAGCUGGUGACAGUUCUGGGUGCUGGGCUCCUCUGCGGAACUGCCUUGGCGGUAAUUGUGCCUGAAGGAGUACAUGCACUUUAUGAAGACAUUUUGGAGGGGAAGCACCAUCAGGCCAGUGAUACUCAAAAUGUGAUUGAAUCUGAGAAAGCAGCAGAAAUAACAGCUGAGCAUGAGCAUGGCCAUGACCAUUCAAAAUUACACGCGUACAUUGGUGUUUCCCUUGUCCUUGGUUUUGUCUUCAUGCUUUUGGUGGACCAGAUAGGCAGCUCCCACGUGCACUCUACAGAUGACCCAGAAGCAGCAAGGUCAGGCAAUUCCAAAAUCACUACUACACUGGGACUAGUGGUCCAUGCUGCAGCUGAUGGUGUUGCAUUGGGUGCAGCAGCUUCCACUUCUCAGACCAGUGUCCAGUUAAUAGUAUUUGUUGCAAUUAUGUUACACAAGGCACCAGCUGCCUUUGGCCUGGUUUCCUUUCUAAUGCAUGCUGGGCUGGAACGGAAUCGAAUCAGAAAGCACUUGCUGGUCUUUGCAUUGGCAGCACCUGUUUUGUCAAUGGUGACAUACUUGGGGCUAAGCAAGAGCAGCAAAGAAGCCCUUUCAGAAGUCAACGCCACUGGAGUUGCCAUGCUUUUCUCUGCUGGGACUUUCCUUUAUGUUGCCACAGUGCACGUCCUCCCAGAGGUGGGAGGAAUGGGGCAUAGCCACAAACCUGAAUCAACAGGUGGGAAAGGACUCAGCCGCCUGGAGGUGGCAGCCCUGGUCCUUGGCUGCCUUAUUCCUCUAGUUUUGUCCAUUGGGCACCAGCACUAAAGGUUCAAAGUCACUGUUCUUCUCCUUGAUCUGGUGUGAGCAGUAAAUGUCAGCUGCUCUUUUCAUCGUUGUCUCUCGUACCCCAUCAUCCACCCCAUCUGCCCUGUGGAGUUCAGAGGGAAGCUUGAUUCCAACAUGAAGAAUUCUGGAAAAGCUUUUAGUGUAGCAAAAUGUACUUUGGCAGCCGGACAUAAAUUCUGUGUAAUUUUCUUUUCUGAAGACAUUUGAUAUUUUAAUUUUGAUUUCUGGCCCCUAUUCUCAGGGAAGAUGGACUUUGAAUUUUAAGAAAGGUGAGUGGGGAAGAAUUUAAUGGCUCAUCAUGAAAUUGCAAUCACCAAAGUAUUCUGCAACUCAGCGUUAACAGCUGAGAAUAAAACAGUGGAUGGAUGCCUUUUAAUAUGUGGAAAUCUUCUUACCAGUAGAAUAGGGGAACCUCCCCUACAAUUUUUUUAUGUUAUCCUGACAUAUGUGACUGAUCCAUGUAAUAUCAAUGCCAUAAACCUUGCUGUAAAGAUGCAGUAGUCAAAAUUCUGGUUAAGGCACUUGUUGCAAAAGGAAAGAACUGUGGAUUGGAAGAAACAUUAUUGGACAAAGAUUAGAGGAAGUCUAGGAUGUCAGAAUUCAGCUAGUUAAGUACGUGGAGAUGACUUUUGCAUUGCAUUCCCUGGAUUAACACAAAGGAAACAAGGAAGUCCUAGAAACAAGGAAAUAUUCUGUUUUUACUUGGUUUAUGCAAUGGCUUGUUACGUUAUUUAACAAAAAACAGAAACAAAGCACACAUUGGAAGCAGAUCUCCCAUCGUGUCCGUAAAGAGUAGCAACCAAAACUGUAGAGGCAGUUAGGAAUCUGGCACCAGGGCUGCACUGCUACUAUCCUUGAGAGACAAAUACACAGUGUCUUUUUAAAUCAAACUGUUCAGGGCUCUGAGUGGAGAUCUGAUGGAAAUGGAUUUUGAGGGACCAGAGAACUAUACUAGCUCAUUUACAAAGGGCUGAAACUAGUGGUUAGUUUUUUUCUUUCAUUAAAUAAAAAAUAUUAAGGUUAACAAAACAAGAUCUCUGGUUAAAUACUCACUCUGUGCAUAUUGGCAGGUGCACAGUGUGUCUAAACUAGUUAACUGCUCUGCUAAAUCUUCAUACCAACAAGCAAGAAGCAUUUUGUUUUUGUUGAGAACCUAUUAAAAUCAUACCUUUCUCCUUUGGGAAUUUUGCAAUCCACCAUCUCUUGAUUAUGGUUGGUUGUAGUGAUGUUCUUCUGGGACUCAGUGCCAUUGCAGCUGGAUGAUAAAAGAUUCUCUCCUUAUCAAGACAUGCCUUCUCUUGUCAGGCAGUGUUUUUGUUUAAUUAUGCAAGAAAUGGUACAUUUUAAUAACUGUAGUGCAUACAAAUUCAGAACAGUUGACAUGUACAGAUUGAAAACACAACUCUUGUUUUACAAAAAUUGCUUUUAUGCUGCAUCCAUUUUAAGCCCUACUCUGAAUCUAUCUGCACUUCUUAUAUAUAAUAUUGCCAAAAUGUUUUUGUUUAGUCAUUUUCAUUGUUUGAAACAAAUCUUCAAAGCUUGAAAUCACUGCUUUCUCAAGGAACUUGUCAUCUCCUUGUGAAAGAGAGAGCUUCCUUCUUCCCUCGCCAUCUGUUUCUUAUGGUACACAAGCCAUCAUGGCUGUGACUUCUUUACUUCAUUACAUCCUCAUUAUCUUCUAGCUCAGCAGUGGGUAUCAGCAUGGCUCUUGGAAAAGGAUUUGUUAGUUUAAUUAGUGAUCACUCUAUUCAGUGGCUUUGUAGCUGCACAAAAACAGUAAUCCGCUAUCAGAUUUUAACAGUGGUGACUGCUUUUUUGUUUUUUAUCGUUAGAAAGGUGGAUUUGAAAAUCAAUGCAGAAUUAUUAGAAUGUAGAAGACCUUCCCACAAGACUAAUUAUUUUAAGGUAGAUAAAAUAUUAGACCUAAACCAUGGUACAUGAAACUAGGUCUUUAAAAAGCUGUUGUGUUCUGAAAAGCAGUAGCAAAAAUAGCACCACCUAACUGACUAGAUCUAUUCCCUCUAUGUAUUUAGUCAUGCCUAGUUUCUCAAGAGACAAAUACAAAUCUACUUUUAUACCGUUAACUCUGAAAAACAAACACAGCUCAGCUAGAGAGCUGGAUUCUGUUCUCUGUGUACCACCACAGUUAUGGAACUGUUUGCAACUGACAAACCUGUGUAAAUCCACUGAAGGCAGUGAUGGUGCACAAGUGUCACUGAGGGCAUAAUUGAGCUUGUAGAACCUUUUUGACAGGUGGUGGUGACAGGCAACAUAUAAGGUACAAAGAAUCCUGCUCUUAGACCUCUUGGUAAAUUUGCAGGGCUGGCAGUUAUGAAAAAACACCAAUUCUAUUUGUAAACUGAGCAAAUCUGAUCUGUAGUCAUUGGCUGAAAAUGGAACCUCCCUGGUGACACUUCUGCAGUUACAUUUUGGGGUAGAAGCACACUUUAAGUUUACUUCCAUUUUUCCCCAGCACGUACUUAUGGUUAUCUUUCAACAUCUGUGGUUCAGCAUCAGCCAUCAUUUCAUGUCAAGUCACUGUAAUGGUCAGAAACCUAUACAUCCACUUUUACCGUCCCAUUUACCAUCUUUUCCUGCCAGGCUGCAAUAUUCAGCCAGAACCUUUCUCUAUGGACCAUUGCUUAUUGAGGAGACAUUUGACCAAAUCUCUCUCCCCUGCUGACAUAGAUUCUGGCAGGUUUACUAUAGUGAUAAUCAUCUUCCUGUUGGCAUUGCUAAGAGGGUUUUGCAGACUUCUUGCCAUGGGCACGUCAUAAGAUCAAGUCUCCAACUUCUGGGGCAAUUGCCAGUGAUGAUAAUGCUCGGUUUAGUAUUGUACAAACUAAGCUCGAGAGGCCAGAGCAUUAAGCAUUAUUGGCCAAGAUAUAACAGUGCAAGAAUCUGAAAAGGGUUCACAAAUUAAAAUGUCUACAAACAAAAUGGGGACAGAAGGCCCAGUAAUGUGCAAUUUUCACUUUGCAGUUUGACUAAGUGGCAUAAGAUUUGUUUUUUCCUGUCCACUUAGAACUAGCUUUGUUUUUUUUGGCUGCCCUAAUGAUAUAUAUCUGUUGAACUGUUGUUUAAACUUAUAUGGCUGAGACUGCCGCAGUUAACAAGGGAAUUGGGGGUUAUCAGAGAGAUGCAUAGCAGAAUGUACAGUUUUGUUGUGAAUGUAGCAGAAUGUAAAGUUUUCAGUGCUUGUUCACGUCCAUUCCAGUCAGGCGUAUAAUGGCCACGGGGGUUGUAAUGAGCCGCAGGCAAUGCCGGUACCGCUGGCAGCGGCCCCUGCCACAGAAGCGCCAGCACCGCUGUUGCCCCUUACAGCUCUAGCACCAACCCUCCUGUCAGUGGUACCGCCGAUGGCUACAGCUUCAAUUCCACCGGCAUCGACGAUAUCGGCACUGCUGGAACCAGCACCUGCCUCGGCACUGAUAUUUCCGCCUCCAGCGGGCCCGGCACUGCAUGCUGUGGAAUACCACAUGUCGCGAGACCCACGGGGCGCUGAAGGGAGCGAGCAGGGUCUGCUGCCAGGCCUUUCCUCAUCCUCUCUGGAUGAAGCGGUGGCAGGGACGUAGACGACCCCAGCUCUGGAAGAUAACAGGGCACUCCAGCAGCUCUUAAGCCAUGCUGCCCAGAACCUGGGCAUACAGGCGGAGGCGGUGGUGGAGGAAUCAGACCUUGUUGUUGAAGCGGGGGUCUGCCACAGGGUUUUGGUCGUCUCUUCAAUCGUCUUUAUUAAAGGCAAGGCAACACAAGAUGGACCAGGGGGUGCAAGGAUGUCAGGCUUGCUGGAGGCGGAAAUAUCGGUGCCGAGGCAGGUGCUGAAGUGCUGGUUCUGGUGGUGCCAAUAUCGUCGUCUCCAGUGGAAUCAAAGCUAUAGUUGUCGGUGGUGGUGCUAACAGGAGGGUCGGUGCCGGAGCUGUAGGGAGCAAUGGCAGUGCCGGCGGUGCCUUCAGCUCAUUACAACCCCCGUGACCAUUGUACGCCUGAUUGGAAUAGAUAUGAACAACACAUCUCGAAGAACAGCAGUUACGAGAAGAUGAGUAACUGUUUUUUGCCUCAAGUGACCAAAUCUAUCCUAAUUGUAAUUCCCCAUAGCAGAUUAUUUUCUUUCAACAUAAGAUUUCAGUUAAAUACGAGUUGGGGUGAAAACAUCUCUGAUCAUACCUCCAUCCUCCCUCUUUAUCUGCCACAAUAAAAUCAAUUAUCACAUGUAGUCAGGGCCAUCUCUUGUCAGUUUCCAUUCCUCAGAAAACUUAAUUGUAAAUCAAUUCUUCAUUACUCUUCCAUUUUUGUCUGUAAUGUCCAUCCUUAUAUAGGCUUUCAGUUGUAAUGGGGGUGGAAAAUAGGUAUACCCAGACAACACUGUAACUGAUUGGCUUGCAUUUUUCCCUUCUUUUUCCAAAUCCUACCCCCAAACCAGAACUCUCCACAUCAGCCAAUUUAUCAGUUCCGAUGGUUGAGUUGAUACUAAGAAUCAAUUAAGGUUACAUCUGUGUUAAUCCCAAUGAGUUCAGCUAUUUCAUUGACUGUUCUGAUUUCAUUCUUGUUCCUCAUAAUAAAGGCAAAAUAUUUUUUCAGUACCUGAUGACAACUGAGAUACACGAGCCUCAUUUAUAUUUACAGAUGUGAGAAUGGCAGGGCAGACACACCAGGGUAAAGAUGUUUUGAUGGCUAUUCCGUGUAUUGUAAAUUUGCCAUGUAUUAAGCACGAGAACCUAGUGUCUACAUCUAAGCUUCAAGGAGCACUCCUGCGUGGAAUAUCGUAAAACCUUAACAUUAUCCAAGAGACCCAGGAGAACAACAAUAUUUGUUCAGGAACUACUGUAGAGGCUGGUGAUUGUCUUAUAGGAUUUCUUGGCAGUGGCUGACUUGUGCCCUUAUUGUCAACUAUACUCAGAAUAACAUGGAAAGGCUACAGAAUAACUAUGUUGCUGUUGCUCUCUUCUGCGUUGUCUCCUUGAUCAUCCUCAGGAAAUCUGGGAGGAGAAGUUUGGUUUCUUUUGUCUGUGGACUUGUGGGGAACCCGUCCCAUGAAUUUCAGAUUUGAACUUUUUAAAAUAUCAGCUUUUCUCAUUUUCCUUUGGUUACAUCUUCCAGCAGCUCAGGCUUUCCAGGGAUUAAAAUUGCCUGGUUACUGCAGUUGAAGUGACUCAGCAUACUGAGCUGUAAUUUUAAUGUCUUUUCAAAACCAUUUGUACACAUGAAAUCAUUCCAUGAAUGGCUGCCUUAUAAUGUUUUGUUUUUUUCCACUUUAAUUGUGAAUGGUUACAAAAAAUAAUGUUGUUGGUUUUUUGAUUUGUUUUAUUAUAUUAAAUUUUUAUUAGGUGCAGUG